AUGAACGGAGAGAAAGAUCUCGCCGGAGACGGAGAGUGCUCACGAACCAAAACAUCAAAGCCCCGAUUCGCUCAUCUAAACACCGACAACCAAGACGACAAAACCAACCAGUUUCAGAAAGGCGUCGGCUUUCUCAGCGCCCGAUCGAGCGACAGCGUCGACGCGUUCUCCUCGAAAUCAUCGCCAAGAUCCGGAAACGAGCUCACUCUCAGCUACCUCUGCGAGAACCGCGACCUCUCCGAGAAAAUCGCCGAAAGUCAAAAGGGCAAAGAGGUCGUAGUAACCUUCUCCGAGAAUCCGACCCACCGCCACGACGAGGAGGAGGAGAAAUGGAUCGAGAGAGACUUCUUCAACCUCAGAGAACCCAAUCCGAAUCCUUCGAAGCGGAAGGCUCACGACGAGGUCAAACAAGAAGUGGAAGAAGAAGAGAAUAAAAACAAGAUUGAAACUUUAAACCUCUCUCUAGCUUUACCAGACGUCUCUCUGUCGCUAACGGCGUCAAACGCCGUCAAAAGACCGAGGGUUAACAGCGAAAGAGCAACGACGUCGUUUUCGAACGACUUCACGGCGACGGCGCCGUCGAUGUCUUACUCCUACUCCCACCCUUUCUCCCACAACCUCAGCUGCUCCGCCGACUUCGACUGCUCCGUCGAGAAAGACGACCGCAUCUGGUGCGCCGGCGAAGGAACCAACGGAUCUGUCCACAGCCGGUUCAGACCCAUCGGCGACGGCGGCGUCGCGCUCGCUAGAACCCCCAUCUCCGCCGCGAAGCCGUCGACCUCCUCCGACUACUCCUUCUUCCCUUCCGAGCUACCGGCUCGCCCGGGGAUGAUGGAAGUGACGGUCUCCGGCGACUCGAGGAAGAAGUUAGAAGAAAGCGAUGACGUCAGAUCUGAGAGUGAGAGGGUCCUAUACGACAUCGUUUCGAAGUCUAUCUCCUCCGCGGCGUUGAUUAUUCAAGGGAUGGCUGAUGAGACCCUCGAGUCAGCUAAAGAGUAUUUAAGGAACCUGAUCGAUUCGCCGGAUAAUAAGGAGAAGCUGACGAGUCUUCAGAGCCAGAUAGACAAAAGAUCCGAUCUCUGCAAAGAGACCUUGUCGAAAUGCGUCAAGGAUCAGCUAGACAUCUUGGUCGCCGUGAGAACAGGGCUUAAGUACUUCCUCUCUGGUAAAAUCCGUAUCCCCAUGAACGAGUUGGUGGAGAUCUUUAUGUUCUUGAGAUGUAGGAACGUGAACUGCAAGUCUCUGUUGCCUGUUGAUGACUGUGAAUGCAAGAUCUGUUCGAACAACAAAGGCUUUUGUAGCUCGUGUAUGUGUCCUGUCUGUUUGAGGUUCGAUUCGGCUAGCAAUACUUGUAGUUGGGUGGGAUGUGAUGUUUGUUCUCAUUGGUGUCACGCUGCGUGUGGGAUUCAGAAGAAUCUUAUCAAACCGGGACUUAGCUUGAAAAGUCCUCGAGGUAAUAAGACGGAGAUGCUGUUCCAUUGCAUUGGAUGCGCUCACAAGUCGGAGAUGUUUGGUUUCGUUAAGGAUGUGUUUGUGUGUUGCGCUAAGAAUUGGGGACCUGAGACUCUGAUCAAGGAGCUUGAUUGCGUUGGAAAGGUUUUCAGAGGGAGUGAUGAUGCUAAAGGCAAAACAUUGCAUCUCAAAGCUAAUGAAAUGGUCAAGAAGCUAGAGAGUAAACUGAUUUCUCCUGCUGACGCAUCUAACUUCAUCAUUCACUUUUUCAACUAUGCAGAGUCGGUAUCAGAGUUUCCGGAACCAAAAGAGCAAACAGUUGUAAUAGAGACAAGCUACAGAAAAGAUGAAGCAUCUGUGACGCCUUCAACAUCCAAGGAUCAAAUGAAGAAGAGCUUUGCGUUGACCGAUGCAAUGAUGAACAGUUUCGAUAGUUUAGAGAGCAUGGUGAGAAUCAAGGAGGCUGAGACAAGAAUGUUUCAGAAGAAAGCUGACGAGGCGAGAAUAGAGGCAGAGAGUUUCAGGAGGAUGAUAGAAAUGAAGACGGAGAAGAUGGAGGAGGAGUACACAGAGAAGCUAGCGCGGCUGUGUCUGCAGGAGACGGAGGAGAGGAGGAGGAAUAAGCUCGAGGAGUUGAAGAAGCUUGAGAACUCUCACUGUGAUUACAGGAACAUGAAGCUGAGGAUGGAGGCUGAGAUUGCAGGGUUGUUGAAGAGAAUGGAAAGUACAAGACAACAUUUAGUAUGAAUGAAUCUGAAAUAACAGAGCUUUCUUAAUCAUACAAUUAUUUGCUUUGUCUUUUGUGGUAAAAUAUCAGUGAUAACUACCUUAUUGAACACCUUCAGUGAUAACUCCUUUAUUGUUUUUCUCAA